CUCAGGAAGACGACGACGGAGCGCCGUUGCUCACACCGUUCUCGCCAUAAUAUUUCGCCCCAUUUCUGCAUCUCGCCGCUCGCCCACUUUUGGCCGUCGUCUCCGACUUCCGGCGCAGACAGGCGAUGGACACGGCGAUUGUUCCGAGCGCCGGGGUCGUCGACGGCGGCGUGCUUCAUCUGUGGGCUUCCGGCGUCGGCUUGGGGGGCGAGGUGGAGCGGCUCAUUGGCGCCCGCAGAGGCCUCGGCUCGGUGCUCGCGGAGGCGCAGCGAAAGGAGAUCCACAACAAGGCGCUGCUGCUGCACCUGAGGGAGGCCUGGCAGAAGGCGUCCCGCGCCGACGACCUGCUGGGCGAGCUGGAUCACUACCGUAUCCUGUGGGAGGAGCGCGAGGAGAACUACGGCGAUAAGCUAUUGCAUGACGUUGGCGACAAAAAAAUGCUUCUCUUGACCCCUGGAAGCGAUAUUAAGAUUUUGAAUAAUGAUAUACCUGAAGCGGCUCAAGAUACCACAGGAAGUUCUUUUAGCAGUGAAGAUACAGCUCCUGCGCUACAGAUUGUACCUAACAAGGAUAUUUCACGCGAGAUAAGUGAACACGUAGAAGAAUGCUGCAGGAUAGCCAAGUAUGUGCACAACGCUCUUGAGCUAGAAAAUCUAGAUUUCCAUAUUGCUCAGAGAAACCCUAGCACAAGGACAGAUCCUCGGGAGACGUCGCCUUAUCAUACUGAACAGAAAGUUUAUGGGAGGGACCGAGAGCAGGACUUCAUUAUAAGCAAGUUAACAAGUAUGGAAUCUACUAGGACAAACCUAUCUGUCCUUGCCAUCGUUGGACAUGGAGGUGUUGGAAAGACUACUCUGGCUAAGCUGGUCUUCAACAAAUCAAUAGUGUCAGAGCAUUUUGACAUACUAUUAUGGGUUUAUGUGUCAGUUCACUUUGAUGUAGUUAAGAUUAUGCGUGAACUGUUGGAUACACUGUGUGGGGACAAGCAUGAAAACAUCAAGAAAUCAGAGGAGCUCACACUCCAAGAGAAGCUUGAGUAUAUGUUGAGGUCGAAACGUGUGCUACUUGUCAUGGAUGACAUGUGGGAGGAUGACAAAAGGGAAAAAUGGGAUGAGCUGCAAAAUCUAUUACUUACCAAUGAUUGCAAUGGAAAUAGAGUUCUGGUCACCACUCGUAAACCAUCUGUUGCAGCAAUGGUCGGAGCUUCAGAUUGCAUAAAACUAGAAGGUUUGAACAAGGGUAAUUUUUGGCGUUUGUUUAAAGCGUGUGCCUUUGGUGAUGAAAACUAUAAGGGAGACAGGAGACUGGAGAAAAUUGGGCAGCAGAUAGUUGAAAAGUUAAAGGGCAACCCUUUAGCAGCAAAGACUCUGGGCAAAGUAUUGAGAAGAAGAUUUGACGUUGAUUACUGGAGAAGAAUUCUGGACACUAGUGAAUGGAAGCAUAACAAUGAUGAGAAUGAUAUCAUGCCGGCUUUGAUGAUCAGCUACAAAUAUCUACCUUUUCACCUUCAACGGUGCUUCUCGUACUGUGCUAUAUUCCCUAAGUAUCAUAGGUAUGACAAAGAACGUUUGAUCCAUAUGUGGAUCGCAGAAGAUUUGAUAUAUUCCCCUGACAUGCAUAGACGGCAGGAGGACAUUGGAACUGACUACUUCAAUGAUCUGGUCGAUAAGGGUUUUCUGGAAAACCAAACUGAGUUUUCAAGCCUACUCGUCAUGCACGAUCUGAUUCAUGAUCUAGCACAGAAGGUUUCAUCUGAUGAAAGCUUCACCAUAGAGAACAACGAGCCCACGGAUGCACCGCUGCUCGUUCGUCAUGUCAGUGUAAUCACAGAACAGCAGUACAAGACAGAAAUAAAUGGUAAAGUGCAUCCUAAUGAGCUGUUUCUUCGACAGUUCUGUAAUUCAUUCCGCAAGUUGCAACGAAGAAGUUUAAGCACAUUGAUGCUGUUCGGGCCACAUGACUUGGGUUUUGCAGAAACAUUUCGUCAAGAACUCAAUGAAGUAAGGUCAGUCCGUGUGUUGAAGCUGGAGAUGGUCUUCUUUGAGUUGAAUGCACUGAUCGGCAACAUCUCAGCAUUUUUCAAUCUUCGCUAUCUAGAAUUGGGAUGCUUUUACGAGGGUCCCAGGUUGGAAUUGCCUGAGGCUAUAUGUAGGUUAUACCACUUAGAAGUCCUGGAUAUAAAGAAGAACUGGGGAGUUAGCACAGUUUUACCAAGAGGAAUAUGCAAGCUUGUUAACUUACGCCAUCUUAUCGCUAAGAAGGAGUUGCAUGCAAAAAUACCCAGCAUAGGAAAGAUGGUUGCUCUGCAAGAACUCGAGGCAUUUGACGUCAGGGACUCAAGAGAGUUUAGCUUAUCGCAGUUGAAAGGACUGAAUCAGUUAAGAGGAUCAAUAAGCAUUUCUAGUCUUUACUGGGUAUCCCGCGAAGAGGCUACAGAAGCAAGGCUCUGCAACAAGGUCUACCUAACUAGUCUGGAAUUGUCAUGGUAUUCUUUAUCUGGAUCACACAUUCCGUUGCGUACUGGUCCUAUCCUUGAGGACCUUGUACCACCAUCGGGCCUUAGAAAUUUGCGAAUUGUAGCAUACAGACACCCGCUACCAUCUUGGCUCAGCACCAGUGUCCAUCUCACCUCAUUGCGGUCAAUUCAUCUGGUUAAAUGCUUAUUUUGGGAAACAAUUCCACAUCCCCAGCAGUUGCCUGUUCUCCAGGAGAUGCAUUUGAUUGACCUGUCUCUUGUUAAAAAAAUAGAGGUUGGUCCUCUCAAGAUCCUGGAACUACGCAGGUUGCGAUAUCUGAGCGAGUUCACAUUUUUUGACAAGGAACAGUCAUAUGCUAAUCUGCAGGUACUCGAAGUGGAGGGUUGCCCUAAACUGGAUGAGUCUCUAUCUCAGAUAUUCAUGUCUUCCAGUGAGCACAAGUUUCUUGGUCUUCACAGGCUUCAGAUUAAAAAUGACUUCAUUCUGAAUACCAUCCCGCUAUUUGAACUCAUAGUCAUUGAUUCUUUAGCAGAUAUAGAUCUGCGUUGUGAACAACAAUCAGGAUUUGGCGGACUUCGUCUAAAACCAUCCGGCAUAUCAAAUGGGAUCGGGGUGCAAAUCGAAGGAAACGAAUAUAUUCAUAAGCUAGAUGAAAGAUUAUUUGCAUUGAACAAACUCAGGAACCUGCAAGAGCUUGAAAUCCGGGGUUAUCCCACCGAGAGACGCCAAGAGCGAUCGUGGGACGGCUUCCAACAGUUGACUUCAUUGAAAAAGUUCAGAAUGAUCAUGUGCGCCGUAUUAUUUGCUACGGACCUUGAGCUCUUUCUGCCACCAUCAAUUGAAGAACUCGAGUUUAGUUGGUGCAAUAUUACAGGUAUACAAUUGUCACGACUCCUGCUGAACCUUGGCUUACUUAAGAAUCUCAAGGUAGACAGCUGUGAAGGGGUAACAUCGUUACCUGUAGGAUUGUUUACAGAUGAACAAAAUCAAACGGAAGAAGGCUCGUGGCGCAUCCCUCCGGGCUGUUUGACGACCAUGAAAUUUUUGCAUAUCUCUUUCACAAGAGGAAAACAAGACCCGAGCUCAAUGAAAUUUUUGCAGAUCUCUUUCACAAGAGGAAAACAAGACCCGAGCUCAGUGAUGCUCUUUUCAUGCAAGCACGGCCUCGGAAGAUUCGCAUCUCUUGAAAAAAUUGUCAUAGAAAAUUGCCUUGCUCUGUUAUCUAGAAUGGUUUCAGGAGAAGCAUCCCACAUAUCUCCAUCCUAUUUGGCAAAACUCAGCAUAGCUGGCGUCCAAGACAGCAUUCUGCACUUGUCACAAGUCUCUUCCAUUGUCGAUUUAGAGGUCUCGGGAUGCCCGUCUUUGUCAUGUUUGAGUCUGAAUUCUUGCACUGCACUAGAAAAGGUGUGUAUUAGAGAUUGCAUUUCGCUACGAUCAAUUGAAGGCUUAGAGUCAUGUACGGCGUUGCGGGAUUUGAGGGUGACGAACUGUGAGUUGCUGCAGCGGCUCAGAGCAUCACUCAGCAGUCUGAAAAUGCUGGCCAUAGAGGAGAAUAAAAGUUUAGCAUCUCUGGACUUGAAUUCGUGUACUGCACUGCAGAAACUAUGCAUUGUGGACUGCCCUGCUUUAGAAUCAUGGGAAGGUCUGAAAUACCUCAUCAGUCUUGAAGAUUUGCAAGUUAAAAGAUCCCCGGGCUUCACAAGAUCAUGGGUAUCAGCAGCUGAAGAAGUCAGCAGCGAGCACAGCUUCUCAUUGCCACUUCAAAAGCUCGACGUCGAUGACAUUGGUGUCCUCUGUUUGCCCAUAUGCAGCAUGUUAACUUCUCUCAAAACAUUAUUCAUCGAUGGGGGUCGUGAUGCUCAACGUGGCAAUGUGGAUAUCUUGACGAAAGGGCUGCUACUUCUCACCUCCUUGAGACAUCUUAACCUGGAGCGCUUUGUGCAUCUCAAGUCAUUGCCUGCAGAACUUCGAUCUCUUAAAUCACUGAAGGGAUUAUUCAUUGGCCACUGUAGCUCGAUCACUUCCUUGCCGGUGGGAGGCCUGCCAGAUUCCCUGACGGACUUGGAGGCAUAUGGUUGCAGCGAGGAGCUAAAUGUGGCGUGCCGAGAGAUGCUUAGGGUUCGAAGAAUAAAUUUAAGUAUUGAUGGAACCGAUGUGGAGCAAUUGUCUUGUUAACUCCCUUGAGAUCCGAAAGAAGUUUUCGCAUUUUAUACUGCAUCUUCGUAGGAGUUAUGUAUAAUAAUUCUAUUUGUUCUAUCUUUUGAUUGAUAUGAUUCGUUGAUUCUAGCAAGAACUCAGUUGAAUUCUA